AUGGAGGCUCCGGCGGACGUGGCUGCAGGUCCUUGUAAUGACCUCACCCACAUCGUCAAGGGCGUGCGUACCAAGAGACAGAGGCCUCAGUCCCCCAUUCCUUCCAUCAUAAGAAGCGGCGGAGAUGGGCAUUGUGACACCAUUCUCCACCACAAUAAUACCGGCUCAGACUUGUCACCCGAUCGGGAGAGCAUAAACAUUACCUCGGAAGAUGAAGAAACUGCCAAAUGCUUAAUCCUCUUGGCUCGAGGUCAUCGUUUUCCACCAAAAUACAAGAUUGAUCAUGAUCACGAUCAAGAUUAUAAAUUCAACAGCAAAAGAUAUAUAGAAACAUCAUCAACUAGUGGAAACAAGGCAGGGAUGUUUGUAUAUGAAUGCAAAACUUGCAGCCGGACGUUUCCUUCCUUUCAAGCACUCGGCGGACACAGGGCCAGCCAUAAGAAACCUAAAAACAUGGCCAAAAGAGCAUUUUUCCUCUCUGAUUCUGAAGAUGAUUUUUCAUUCACUUUACAUAAAAACGACACCAAAAUGUCUUCUCCUCCUUCUCUUCAACCUGUUAACAAAAAGAAGAAUUCAUCUUUUCAUUCUUUUAAGGUUCACGAAUGCUCUUAUUGUGGGGCUGAGUUCACCUCCGGGCAGGCACUCGGAGGGCACAUGCGGAGGCACAGGAGCGGUGGCCUUUCAGUUGUUGCAGCCAACACAACCUUGUCUUUGAGUCCAGCAGCUGCAACUAACACAAACACAACCUUGUCAUUGAGUACUCCUAUCAGCCAAGCUUCAUUUGAUUAUUACAAUCAAGAAUCCAAGGAAUCGAAGAUGACGACGAGAAAUUCUCUGUCUUUGGAUCUUAAUCUUCCGGCCCCAGAAGACGAACAUAAAAAACAAAAAGGAACUGAAUAUGUUUUCUCUACAACCCCAGCAUUGGUUGACUGUCAUUAUUGA